AUGGAUAAUAGUCUCCCGUGUAACUUAGUAAGUUUCAAUUGUAAAAGUAUAAAACGCUCAAUAGACAAUGUGAGGCACCUGUGUCAGUUGGCGGACAUAAUAGCCUUACAGGAAACAUGGUUAUUUCCACACGAUAUUCAGUUUCUUAGCGGGAUUGACGGGCGUUUCGGCAGCACGGGCACUUCUGCUAUUGAUACGGCGGCUGGCGUCGUGUACGGCCGUCCUUAUGGAGGUGUAGCGCUGUUGUGGAAUAAAAGUGUAUUUCCUAAUGUGUCUGUGGUGGAUUGUGAAAACCCACGAAUAUGUGCCAUAAAAAUAGUGUUGAGCGAUAGGUCUAUUUUAGUGUUUAGUGUGUAUAUGCCUACGGAUAAAAUGAUAAACCUUACGGAAUUCACGGAUUGCCUCAGUUCG